AUACGCAUCAGAGUUGACAUCAUUUUAUUUACGUUUCCAGUUCCAGAACGAAAAACAAUAUUAAUUUCACGCGAAAAAGUGCACCACUCCACCCAUCCCGACCAUGGCUAGCGGAGCGCCACGCGUUCCGAUUUCGAUGCUGCUGCAGGACAAAUCGGCCACCACGGAAGACGAUGAGGAACCGAAGAAAAAAUCCCGUGAAGACUGGCGCAAGGCGAAGGAGCUGGAGGAAGCCCGUAAAGCGGGAACAGCACCGGCAGCCGUCGACGAGGAAGGUAAGGACAUUAAUCCGCACAUUCCGCAGUACAUCAGCUCGGCACCGUGGUACUAUAAUACGGCCGGUCCAACGCUGAAACAUCAGCGACCGCAGGAUGAUCGGAAGCAGGAUUUUUCCGGAGUGGACGAGUGGUACAAGCGGGGUGUCGAUACCAGCAAGGUGGUAACCAAGUUCCGGAAGGGAGCUUGCGAGAAUUGUGGGGCUGUUACACACAAGAAGAAAGAUUGCAUGGAACGACCGCGGAAGGUGGGAGCCAAGUACAAUGGAGCGAAAAUUUCCUACGAUGAGUUUGUCCAGCCGAAGAUCAUCUCCGAUUACGAUGGUAAACGGGACCGCUGGGCGGGUUAUGAUCCGGCUAAUCACCGGGAGAUUGUAGAGGAAUAUCAGAAAAUCGAACAGGCGAAGCGAGAAUUGAGGGCGCAAAAGUUGAAAGAGAAUCCGGAUUUGGAAAAUGAGGAAGAAGGGGAAGAUGACGAGGAUAAAUACGUGGAUGAAGUGGACAUGCCUGGAACGAAGGUUGAUUCUAAACAACGUAUUACGGUGCGUAAUCUUCGUAUUCGUGAGGACACUGCAAAAUAUCUGCGCAAUCUGGACCCGAACUCGGCGUACUACGAUCCGAAGACUCGUUCCAUGCGAGACAAUCCAAAUCCACAGCUUAAUCCGGAAGAGACAGAUUUUGCCGGCGAGAACUUUGUCCGCUACUCGGGAGACAUUCAGAAACAUGCCCAGGCGCAACUUUUUGCUUGGGAAGCUCACGGAAAGGGGGUGGAUGUCCAUGUAUUAGCGGAACCGACUAAACUGGAGCUGUUGCAGAUGGAGUACGAGAAGAAAAAGGACCAGUUUAAGGACGAAAGCAAAAACACCGUACUGGAGAAGUACGGUGGCGAAGAGCAUCUGCAGGUUCCUCCGAGGGCACUGCUUCUCGCCCAAACAGAAAACUAUGUAGAGUACAGUCGCUUCGGCAAAGUCAUCAAGGGAGAGGACAAACCGAUCAUACGAUCCCGCUACGAGGAGGAUGUCCUCGUAAAUAACCACACCACGGUGUGGGGCUCGUUCUGGAAGGAUGGCGUUUGGGGCUACAAAUGCUGCGAAUCUACGAUUAAAAAUUCGUACUGCGUCGGAGAGAGUGGUAAAGCAUCGGGGGUUGUUAAGCCGGUAGACAUCAUGGAACCAAUUGCUGGGCCUUCCCGGAUUGGGACAGAGCAACAAAAGGGACUGGCUACCGGAAAGCAGUUUAAACAGCCGCCGCCUUCUAAAGAGAAGGACGAUGAAAGCAGCAGCAGCAGUUCAAGUAGUAGCAGUAGCAGCAGCAGCAGCAGUAGUAGCAGCGAUUCGUCCUCCGAUUCGGACUCGGAUCAAGCUGAACGGAAGAAAUCUAAAAAAUCCACGAAGAAACGUAGAAAGGAGAAAAGAAGGUUGAAGCGAGAACAGAAGAAACGGGCGAAAAAGGCCGAGAAGGAGAAAGUGCAGGAUAAGCUGCAGUUGGCGCUGCUGGCCGAGGAGCGCCAUCAGAAGCGAGCCGAGCAGCUGCUGAAGAUGGACGAGAGGAAGCGACCGUACAACAGUAUGUUCGAAGUUAGAGCUCCCACCGAGGAGGAGAUGGAAGCGUACCAGAUGAAGCGCCGGCGGGAUGAAGACCCGAUGAUGCAGUUCACGAAGUAGUAGAAUAGUGCAGUGCGUCUGGUACUAUAUGAUUAAUGGGAAUAAAGUUUGAUGCUGUUUGUUCACUAGAAAAUUAACAA